CAAUCCUUUAUUGGGAUGAAAUCUUGGCACAUUCAGUGUUGGAGAAGUGAUCUGACACAUUGCAGACAAACAUCCUUACAAUUAUCAGAAGGUCAAGGUCUGGAGUCGGGCCCUGGACUGGCCAAAACUGCUCUCCUGUCAUCGUGGUGCGAGGACUUAGGGCGGCUCCUGUUGCUUCGCCACCAGAAGAGUCGUCAGAACGACACCCCUGGUAAACUGCCCAUGCAGCCACCGAUGAACCCUAUGAGCACUAUGAAACCAACACUCCCUCCUGGACCCCACAGUGAUGGGUCAUUCACCUAUGAUGCUGUUCCCUGGCAGCAAAAUACAAGUCAACCACCAGGGUCACUGUCUGUAGUUACAACUGUGUGGGGAGUCACCAACACAUCACAGAGCCAGGUGCUGGGAAAUCCAAUGGCAAAUGCCAGUAACCCCAUGACUCCAGGAGGCAACCCGAUGGGCUCAGGGAUGUCGGCGAACAAUCCCGGGAUUAACUCGCCUCAGUUUGCCAGUCAGCAGCAGCAAUUCUCAGCCAGCAAGGGUGGCUCCAACCAAGCCUACAUGCAACAGGGCAUGUAUGGCCGACCAAACUAUCCUGGAAGUGGCAACUUUGGGAGCAGUUACCCCGGUGGUCCCAAUGCGCCCGGCUCCAUGGGCAUUCCUCCACACAGCAGGCCGCCAACAGAUUUCACCCAGCCCGCGGCCGCGGCGGCAGCUGCAGCGGUAGCAGCCGCCGCAGCCACAGCUACCGCAACUGCAACCGCCACUGUGGCUGCCCUGCAAGAGAAGCAGAACCAGGAAAUGAACCAGUAUGGCCCGAUGGGCCCAGCCCAGGCUUACAACAAUCAAUUCAUGAAUCAACAGGGUGCCCGUGGCCCCUCGUCCAUGCAAGGCAACAUGAACCCAGGAAGUAUGGGAGGUGGCAUAACCCCAUCCAGCAUGAGCGGGCCCCCUAUGCCCAUCAACCAGCCCAGACCUCCAGGGAUGAAUCCAGUGUUUGCGUCCCACAGCCAGCGAGUGUCACAGCAGGGCUACCCAGGCCCACGGCCAUCACAGCCAAUGCCUAUGCAGGGAGUGAAAAGACCCUAUCCGGGCGAGGUGAGCAAAGCUAAGGUACAGGCCUGAUGAGCAACAGGCAUU